UAUUAUUAGUAUACAUACAAGAUUACAAGAACAAGUUCAACACAUUCUUUAAUCAAUUACCAACAUAAGUUUACAGUAUCCUCUAAGUUAAUCCUAGAUUAAUUAUUAAAUGAGAUUUCUUUAAAUUUCUAAGCUCUAUCUUCAAAGUUUCAUCAAAAGUUAUAGAACGAAUACGUAGCUACACGAUUUCCAGGUGCACAAACAGAGACUCGUUACUAUAUACGCAGGAUGUCCAACUCGGGUUUAUCAUCAGGAGCUCAACUUCGCUACAUGAUUCAAUGGUUUCAAGAGUUCAGCGAGUUACAAAGAGAGGAUUUCUUACCAAUACUGGUUGCCAGUCAUGGAGAGAAGUCGGAGGAGCUCGCUGGCUGCCUGGCCGCUCUGACAUGUCAAGAUAAACCUCUAAGUUUGUUCCAAUGUCGUAUAAAACUCUUCAAUGAAUGGUAUCCUACAUGGUCUGAGGAAGACAAAGAGAGACUGCAGAAAUCAGUGUCAGAGAUUGAUCCUGAAUUCGGGAGCAAACUGCAAGACGCUCUUGUUAAUGGUAUCAAAGUUAACGGUGUGGAUGACUUUUAUUCCGUUAUUGAAAACCAUAAUCACGAGUUGGGAAACAAUGAAGAAAAUUUGUCUGUAGAUAAUACUGAAACUGUUGGAAUAAGUCAAGAGGUUUCAGUGGAAAUAGCUGCAGCUUCUUAAGUAUAUUAUUGCCAUAUUUUUGCAAAGUAUAGAAAAAAUAUUAGCCUUUCCGGUUGUUCAUACAAUCUAAUGUGUUACAAUUUUUUUACACUAUUUCAUGAUCUGAACUGAUUUAUUUAUGGCCUAUUUAUAACUUAGUUAAAUUGAUGUGGCUGUUAGUUUAAUAUCAAUGAUUUAAUUAAUUGAUUAAUAAUUUACUGCACCUGAUAUAAACAAUGAAUUCUAAACUAUAUUACAUAAUAUAGUAUAUGAUGAUGUAAUGUAUAAACAACAGUAUUCUUACGUUCUUUUAGUUUAAAGUAUCAAACUUAUAUUAAGACUCCUAAUAUGAAUUUUUUUCAUUAGAUUUCGGUUUCCGAAAUCAUAAUAAUGUAUGGACACUUUAUUAGGGCAACACUUAGUGUUAUUAUGGUGUUAACGAUCACAACAAUGCGACUGGCCAUUGCGGACUUACAUGAGAUCUUAAAAUGGUAUUUAAAAAUGUUCAUCUGGACCCUAUGGUUUGUAAGUUCAAUGGUUUUAAACGUGCCAAAAAGUACUGGUAAAAAUUUAUAGCGUUAUGAUAAUGUCAUUUGAUUUAACCUAUUUUAGCCAUCAAACUAUUUGGUCCCUUUCUGUAUUAAAGUUAAAAUAAAAGUUGAUAGAAAGUUAUUAUAAGUAAGAUUCUUAUUUGAAUGUUAAGAGUUAGUAUUGCAUUUUGAUUAAGUUUAUAAUUUAUAUGUAGUUUAGUAGUAUGAAUUAUAUUAUUUUAUAGUUUAUGUAUAAGACCAGGAUGUAAGGAGUUUAUAAAUAAUGUAUUAUGUGCCUAUCUAUAUUAGUAUUGCGCUAAAAGUAGCCAAUUGUUAAAUUACAAAAUAUAGUUCUAUUUAGAAACCACUUGGGUGCGUUGUACAGCUUUUAAAACAUGCCUAGUGAUAUUUUUUUUAUGGCAAUAAGGGACGAGACGAGCAGAUGUUCAUCUGAUCUAAAAAUAUUGAAUACCUACAAAACUAUAUUAUGUAUCAUAAAUAGAAGAAGUGGGUCAUCUCAUUUGUUCUGUUGCAAAAUAUUGAUGAUUAAAAAUGAGCGUGUUUGUUACAAAAACUUGCCAUCAAUUUAGAGCACUGGUUACCUACCUACAUAUUUAAAUUAAAAUGGAGAGCAUGGCAAAAUCGUGUUAUGGCAUGAGAACACAACGCGUGCCACUGAUAUCGUAUUCAUGAGAAACCUAGAUACGAGUACCGAUGGGCAUUGGAAGGAAUCGACCACAAUGGCGCGGGCAGGAGGGGUCGCGUACCCCUCCCUCUCUCUCCUACAUUACCGCGACCCAUCUUUGAUCGCUGGUGUCCAAGUUGAGCCACUAUUUGUGUAUAUUUCACAUGAUUAAACUAAAACAUUAGUUACUUGUAGUUAUGUAUUGAAAGUGUCACUUACUAAAUAGCUCCCUUGAGUAUAGAUAUCACUUCACACUAUACUAUAUUUAUCGACUAACUUCAUGCUGUCGGAAAUCGUGACACUGGGUUAUAAAGGAUUCACAUUUUUGUCACUAAAGUGCUAUUGUAAUUAUUAUGUUUUUGUAUGGUCAAUUAUUUAUUCAUGGGUUUAUAUAUUUUAUAAACAUGAGACAUUCCAUAAAAAAUCCAUUGAUAGUUAUAAGAAUCUCUAUAAUAUUUAUGUAUUCUAACUAGUUAACGUGUAUUUUAUCAAGUAAGUACAAAUAUUUUAUACAGUUUAUGUGAAAAUAA